CCAUAACCACCACCUUCCUCUCUCUCUCUCUCUCGCUCUCGCUCUCUCUCUCUCUCUCUCUCUGACGUUUCUUUUUCUCGCUUUCGUUGACUAUUCCGCCCAGUGUGAAGUUGUCGUUGGUCACUUCAGUGCGUCUGUGCUUCUCUCGACAGUCACCUCUGCAGUCCGCCAUGUGGGACCACCAGCGGCCUUCGCACAGGAUGGCCACCUGCAAUCUCCUCUUCCUCCUCCUCUUCACAUGCCAAAGAGUAAAAGCGGACUUCAGCAUUGAUGACCUCAGCCUGACAUUUGACCCCGGUGCUGAUGUGGGGAGGGACACCAAUGUGACUGUAACGUGCCAUGCCACUGUUAGCAGAAGCCAAGGCUUCACCCCACAAUACGAGUUCAGCAUCGAGAAGGACAACAAAGUAGUGAACAGGACCACCAGCACUUCCGACACCUUCGACUACCCCAUCAAGGCAGCCAGGGUGUCUGACUCAGGGGGUUACCAGUGCCGCCUGUCCAUCCAAGGAAAGAAGAAAUCCAGCAAAAAGGAGACACUUACCAUCACAGGAACUCAGACACCCCAGAUUUCUGUGGAUAGCAGCAGCAUCAUGGAGGGCGAUGAAGUGACUGCCACGUGCAGAGCCCCAGGAGAGAGAGGCGCGUUUACUUAUUACUUCUACGUGGGCGACCAAGAGGCUGCGAUUCGUGAGUCCAAUAUAGAGGAAUCAAGUGUAAAGCUGCAGCUCUCAAACAGUGGCCGCAACAAUUUGACCUGCCAAUACUUCGUUAGUCUGCUUGGAAAACACAUGCCAUCGUCUGUCAGUACGCCAAAGUAUGUCUUUGUCAAAGAGAUAGCCAUAUCUGUUUCACUGGCCAUCUCCCCGUCUGGCCAAAUCAUUGAGGCAGACAAUUUCAGUGCCUCCUGUGUGGUCAACUCUUCGCCUCGGUCAGAGACGGUCAGCUUAAUCAUGGGCAAAAAUAUUCUCUCCCAGGGGAGGGGCAGGGUCGAUUACAGCGCAGUAGCAAAAGCAAAUGACUCUGGAGAGUACAUGUGCAAGGUGGAGGUUAAUGGUGUUGCCAAGACAGACAAGAAGAUGUUGAUGGUGAAAGAGCUCUUCUCAAAACCCAGGCUAAUUUUUAAUCCAGAGCAAGCAUUUGAAGGUGAAUUUGUCCGUCUUUCUUGCGAAAGCACCAACUUGGAAAGAAUCAAGAAAGAGGACAUAAAGUACUCUAUUUAUAAAAACAACUAUCUCCAACCAAUGGGAAACAUAAACGGCCAAAUGGUUAUCCAAGCCGGCCCUUCAGGCAAUGACAAUUACCACUGCAUGGCAGAAGCAAAGUCCAUCUCAAAGAAAAGCGACGUGAUCAUCUUCAGAUCUAAAGUGCUUGCCUCCAAGCCUGACAUUUUUGUCAAGCAAAAAGUCAUUCUGGGAGAGAAAUUUGAUAUCUAUUGCAAGUCCAAUGGCACCCUUCCCAUUACCUACACACUAUACCAAGGUGGUAAGAAGUUACAGAACACCACCAUUUACGAUUCAUGGGCCGAGGCUCGCUUCAACACCUCCAUCAAACAGAAAGAACACAUCGGCACUUUUCGGUGCCGUGCUCAGAAUGACGGUUCCAAGAACUAUAGCGACAGCCUACCUCUGAGUGCCGUUGUUGUAGAGCAUUUGGGCAAGCCCCUGCUGACCACCCUGCCCGUGCCCCACAACGUUGAGGAGGGCCAAGAGCUGACCCUCAUCUGCAACGUCCCCAGUGGCACACCGCCCAUCACCUUCAAGUGGUUCUCCUCUGGAAGCAAAACAGUCCUCCACACCAAAACGGUCAACGCCAACUCUAGCCACCAUGUCAUCCCCCAGAUGGAGAAAACGGACAGCGGCUACUACUACUGCCAUGCCCUCAACGCUGCCAAUGCUGUGGACAGUGAUCGGGUCAUCAUCCAAGUGAAGUUGGCUUCCUGGAAGAAAGUGGUGAUCGUUGGCAUCUGCCUGCUGGUUGUCGCCGCCCUAGUGGUCGUCAUUAUAGCGCGCUACAAAGCCAAGCGAGGUAAAAGAGAGACGACUACUGAACUGUCAGUAAAGCCUGCGAGCCCUAAAUCAGAUGACACUCUCGCAGUGAAUAUGAGCCCUGACACACCGUUUUUAAACAAAGUGGGUGUGAACGUCGGACCAAGUGUGUGGACUGAAAGACCGUCCAGCUCAGACAGCAGCGAUCGGAGCAGCGUCCACUCCCACAACGACCCUGAUGUGGAGUACACAGAGGUGGUCCAUCCACAGCCUGUAGAUCCAGCCAGAGGUGAGGACGCACUGCAUACUCACUGCAGUUCCUUUAAAGAAGGGCACAGAUACCGUGUACAGUGAGCUCCAAACAGCCCCACUAGACCCAUCUGAGCAUGUAGAUAACGGUGCAGUGGAGUAUGCUGAGCUUAAUCAUGAUCUUCCUGAGCCUGUGGACUGAUGUUGUCUCUGCUGGAGAUGGUAUCACGCCACCGCCGGACUCUGCUGCCUCUUGCCUGGGAAGGCUCCUCUGGGAAAACUGCCAUAUUUGGAAGGCUCCUCUGGGAAAACUGCCAUACUUGGAAUUGGAAAUAAAUGUAAUUGUUAAUGGAAAAUAUGGGAUACAAACGGUAUCUCACAAUUACUGAAUUAAUUAAGGAGUAUUAAGAUGUGUUUUUGUGUACAUUUUGCUAUGCCUCACACAAGUUCCCUAAUUGUUUGGGUGACGUUGUAUGAUCCAUAUGGCAGUGAGGUGAGGUUGUGCAAGGCUCUAGACUAGAAUUCUCAUCUUCUCAUCAUUAUGUUGCCUCCCUGUUUUUACUGAUCUUCAUCCAUUCUUAGAUAUUUUGUGUUUUGUUUUACCUUUCAUAAAUUCUUAUUCUGUAUCUGCCAAAAUCUAUGAUGAAAAGUCCUUUAGAUUCUUUAUUCUUAGGUACUAGAUACCAUUACUUCCCAAUGUUAUUUAAUGAUGACUUUUUGUGUUGUAAAUGUCUACUCAGCAAAAUCAAUGUUUAUCCAUUGAGACCUGACUGAGGCUGUUCAGUAAAUUGUCACUGAACAAAAGAAAAUGACUCCUUUAUCUCACAUUUAUUGCAUCACAAAGUCAAGUCUUACUGGCUUUUAACGACGCCUCCACAUCUCCCUAGCACCCUGGCCGUCCGCCAAAGGCCCUCUCUUCAGAACGUCUCCACGAGAGGUGGCUCAGAGUUUGAGCUGGUAGCACAAAUCACUCUGGAUAAAGAUAGGCUCUCUUUGAUGUCCAGAAUGGGGCGCAGUGAGGGAAGCCGUUAGUCAGGAAGACGAGAGGAUUCAUACAAAAACACACAUUUCCGCUACAGUGCUCUUGGGAGCGACAGAUAACCUUUAAAACGCCAAAGGCCAGUGCCCGCGCCCACAGAUGCGCCAUCUCUCGCGGCUGUUUGGACUUGGCUUGUGGCUCAAGUUAAGCAGCCAGUCAUUUGAGUGUAAUCAAGAACUGCCCACCACUGGCUUGAUGAUGACAUUAUUUCCUGCCCAGGAAAUGCCACUGUCAAGAGUGGCAACGAUGACACACAGCCCGUGGGACAGCUGCAGUGGAGGAUAAGGGUCGCUGUCUGGA